GUGGGAGCCCGGUACAGUCCUCAAACCGAGAAUCCCUCUCCAUUGUCUCUCCUCCCCCAGGGGCUCUCUCUUUCGCUUCGCUUGCUUGCUUGCUCUCUCCAGAGGAGACACACACCAUACCCCUCCAAAACCCUAAAUCCCCUUUUUUGCAGAAGUAGAACAAAACCCUAAAAAAAAAAUAAAAAGAAUAAAAAAAAAAUUCACCAUGGCCCAAGACUCGUCAAAUUCAGUAUCAGAAACCCUAGAUUCGUCUGACCCCCUCCCCGAUCGCAUCAUCGUCCCCGAUCUUCAUCAAUCUGCAACUACAACCUCCUCAGACUCACCAUUGCCGUCAGAUCCAUCUCUCUCUCGAAACUCAUCUUUCAGUCGACUCAACGCCAAAGCACCCGAGUUCGUCCCUCGCAGCAACUCAUCUUCUUCCUCCUCUUCUUCUUCGCCUCGGACCACCGAUGUGACUCAGUCCCAGCCCAGGAUCGCUCCUCCUCCGCCUCCCCCUCCCGGAUUGGUCCACGUGUAUCCUGGUCCCAACCCUGCUUUCCAUGUCCCGAUUGCGGUGCCGGUUCAGUAUCCUCAUCAUGUUCCGGUUCAGUAUCGUCCUCAUCAUCACCACCAUCAUCACCAUCAGCAUCGUCCUCAGUACUAUGGAGUUGGGUUUGUUGAUAAUCAGGAGGUUUCUGUGCAAGCUCAGCAAUCAGGUCCUGUUGAGCCCGAUCAUGCGCCUCCAUUGAAAAAUGGUCUAUCUGAGGAAGCUAAUCAGAAGAUUCUCAAUCAGGUGGAGUAUUAUUUUAGUGAUCUAAAUUUGGCCACUACAGAUCAUCUAAUGAGGUUUAUCAACAAAGAUGCUGAAGGAUAUGUGCCAAUAUCUAUUGUUGCAUCUUUUAAGAAGAUUAAAGCCCUCAUAAGUAGUAAUUCUCAGCUUGCUAGUAUUCUGCAGAACUCAGCGAAGCUUGUGGUUAGUGAAGAUGGGAAGAAAGUCAGGCGCCUCCAUCCCUUGACUGAGUCAGAAAUGGAAGAGUUGCAAUCACGCAUAGUUGUUGCUGAAAAUUUACCAGAGGACCAUUGCCACCAGAACCUCAUGAAGAUUUUCUCUGCGGUGGGAAGUGUGAAAACAAUUCGUAACUGUCAGCCUCAGACAUCCAAUGGUGGAGCAUCUUCAGCAAAUAGAUCAAUAAAAGCGGACAGCAUGCUUUUCAGUAAUAAGCUUCAUGCAUUUGUGGAAUAUGAAUCUCUUGAACUGGCUGAGAAGGCGGUUGCAGAGCUGAAUGAUGAGGCGAACUGGAGGAGUGGUCUGAGAGUCCGUUUGCUUCUUAGACGCACAGCAAAAUCUGCUCAAGCACGAGGGAAGAGAGUUGGGCAUGAAGGUGAUGCUCACUUCGAGGAAGAUGACACAUCUACUUCAGAUCAGCCACAGCCAAAUGAGAAACACCUUGAAGAUCCUGCUCAACAAUUUGAUAACCAAUCACACGAGUGUGCAGUAGGAGAGGAGCACCAAAAUGAGAAAGAGGGAGGGCAGAAGAAGGGGCGGAGUCGUGGCCGAGGUAAGGGACGUGGACGAGCUCAAUACCACCAUCACAAUAACCGUGGAAGUCAUGUCGGAACUCCUCCCUCCAGUAAUAAUUCUGUCAAUACAGAGCAGACAAGCAGCAUAGCCAAGCAACAGCCUCCUGGGCCUCGCAUGCCAGAUGGGACUAGAGGGUUUUCUAUGGGUCGGGGAAAGCCAGUUACUGUUAAAAUUGCAUGAUAAUGAAUGGCUAUAUAUUAUUCUACAGAGUACAGGUGGGUUUUCUUGUAUUGGUUAUUGAAUGAUAAUGACUUAAUAGUAUCCUACAGAGUGCAGGCGGUUUUCUUGUAUCAACCAGUGAAGGAAGAGUUUAUGUUGGAAGUGAGAAAUGUGUCCUCUUUUGUGGAUGGAGUUGAUGGCAUGGUUUUUACAAGGAGCAGUCAAAAUCCAUUGUAAUUGUGAUUUGGCAUUUAUGAAAGGUGGACCUAGCAGUGUUUGGGUUGAAUAGUUUUUUAUUUAUUUUUUAGUGUGUUUUGUAUCCCAGCCUAAUUAACGAGCUUGGAGAAACAACCUUGUUUUUUGAAAAUGUGUUAUGGAGCAUGUCAACAAAAUGCAAGUUUCUACUGUUUUGCGUGGCCUA